GACCCCAGACAUCAUUUCAAUCAAGGUUGAAGAGGAUAUUGGUGGAGGCAUGCCCGCUGUAGAAGACGGCAAUGACAUCAGAGACUGCAGCACGCAGCGCGGCGACACCUCAGAGAGUCUGGGUGUGGACGCCCCUGGCUCCUCCCACAUGGCCAGUCACAACGGGGAGCUGCAGAUCCUAAGCGUCUACGGAAAAGGGGAGGGCCCACUGGCGGUGGAUGGUUGGUGGAAGGUUUCUCCCAACAAUGCCAAUAUGAUCGUACACAUGAGGACCCGACCAGACGAGAAGCCGUACGGGUGCGACCAAUGCAAGAAGCGCUACAUACGGGAAGACUUCCUGAAGAUCCACAUGAGGACUUGCUCUGGGGCGAAGCCCUACAGCUGUGACCAAUGCACGAAGAGCUUCAGUCAGCUAAACGUACUGAAGAACCACAUGAGGACUCACACCGGGGAGAAGCCCUACAGCUGUGACCAAUGCACGAAGAGCUUCAGUCGAAGUAACGUCCUGAAGAACCACAUGAGAACUCACACCGGGGAGAAGCCCUACAGCUGUGACCAAUGCACAAAGCGCUUCAGUCAAAGAGAACACCUGAAGAGCCACAUGAAGACUCACACCGGCGAGAAGCCCUACAGCUGUGACCAAUGCAUGAAGCGCUUCAUGCGGAAAGACGCUCUGAAGAACCACAUUAGUACGCACUCCAGCGAGAAGCCCUACAGGUGUGACCAAUGCACGAAGCGCUUCAGUCUGAAAAACCAGCUGAAUAACCACAUAAGGACUCACACCGGUGAGAAACCCUACGGGUGCCUGCCAGAGCACUCAGUCAUUCUGGACGUUAAGACCAGAUGGAACAGCCUAUAUUUAAUGAUGGAGCGUUUUCUGGAAAUGUUCCCUGCCAUCCAGGCAGCCUGCAUGGACCCUCGCCUGAAGAAGUCCAUGGAGAAGGAGAGGUGCGACCAAUGCACGAAACGCUACGGCCGGAGCUCGUCCCUGAGGAGCCACAUGAGGACUCACACGGGUCCUCAUGUGGCUCCGUGUGGACACGGGGAGAAGCCCUACAGCUGUGACCAAUGCACGAAGCGCUUCAGUCAGCAAAACCACCUGAAGAGCCACAUGAGGACUCACACGGGGGAGAAGCCCUACAGGUGUGACCAAUGCACGAAGAGCUUCAGUCAGAGCAACGAUCUGAAGAUCCACAUGAGAACGCACUCUGGGGAGAAGCCCUACAGGUGUGACCAAUGCACAAAGCGCUUCAGUUUGAAAGGCAUGCUGAAGAUCCACAUGAGGACUCACACCGGCGAGAAGCCCUACAGGUGUGACCAAUGCACGAAGUGCUUCAGCCAGAGCUCGUCCCUGAAAGUCCACAUGAAGACUCACACCGGCUAG